AUGCUGACCGUCUCACUAGAUCCUCAAGAAAUGUUGCAGACGUUGGAAUCGAACGUUCCCUCCAGUGAAGUGAAGUUGCAACACAUUCAAGCUCUCAAAACACAUAUCAAAAAGGAUUCCAUCAACUUGGAUGAAGUUCCCAUGUACCUCCAUAUUAUUAUGAAAGGACUUGAAAUCAGGGAACACGGAAUUUCAAAUGUGAGUUUCAACGCUUUAUCUUACUUAAUUAAACGAGUCAGCGUUCAAGAUAGAUCAGGCAAAAUUCUCAAAGACCAAAGCUUUUCAAUACUUCCAGUUCUCGUCAAUAAGUUAGGAAGUGAAAAUAUGGUGGUUGCAAAGAAAGCUCUCGAAGAUUACUGGCUCAGCACACCGGAAGAAGUGGAAAAUGCUGUAAAUGAAGCUUUAUUCACGUGUAUGAAUUUGCAAAUAACAAUUGAGGCCAUUCGAUGGAUGGAACAGAUUGUCAGAAAUGUCAGUCUGAUGUUUAAUGUACGGUUUUUUGUUCCUAAUAUUGUCAAGCUGUUGUCGAAUAAUCGAGACAAUCAGGAGUUGAUUGAAAGUGUCGGUGAGUUGUUCAACCUGUUUCUACAAAAUUCAACUAGUCCACAAAUAAAUCAGUAUUUAGAAACUCAGUGCAAGUCGCACAAUAUUGGCAAAAGGAUAACCAAUGCAAUAAUUCCUCGAAGCAGGCCUGGCAGUUCUGAAUCUGCCUCAAGUCGACUGCUGGAAAAGAGAGACGUCAAAUUCAAAAGCAUAGAGAGGAAUGCAGAAGCAGAUGCCAACUACUUCUCAGUCAGCUUAUCCAACCUUUUGAAUAAAGCUAGCUACGAACUAGCCACAUCGAUAAAGCCCAAAGAUGUUUCCGAUGGAGCUGAACUUCACCACAUUUUCGAAUCGUAUUACCAUUGCUUUGAAGGUAAAGAAGGUGAACUGAACUGGAAAAAAAGAGAGCAUUACAUUGUAGAGACUCGGAUGAUUCUACGUGGAAAUGCAACUACUAAUUUCAAGGACGAUUUAAUGUCAUGUUUGAGGGCAUUUGCUAAUCCCAUAUGCAAAGGUGCAAGUUCCCUUCGCACAACUUUAUGCACGCACAGUUGUCAAUUGGUUAAGGAAUGUGCCAUUAUAUUGAAGGCUGAAUUCGAACCAUGUGCUGACAUGCUUUUCCCAACACUCAUGAAGCUAUGCCUAUCAACAAAGAGUAUCACCUCAACUAAUGCACACAUGGCAAUGUCUGCCUUAUAUGCUAAUUUACACUGCAAUAACAAAUUAUUUCAACGGAUAACUCAAUCUAUGGAUGAACCUAAUUUCAAACCACGUUCAUUCUCUGCGAUUUGGAUGCAGAUAUUGCUUUUGAGAUAUGCUUUGAAUCACGCAUUUUUCAAUGGCCAUUAUGGACUAGCAAUUGAUACAUGUAAUAAAUUGUUGAUUAAGUUGUUGAAAGAUGCAAAUCCAAAUGUUCGUCAAGUGUCGAAAGAUUGUUACUGGUGCUUUUCAAAGGUUUUCCCUAAUGAAUCAGAUGCUUUGAUUACAAGGUUUGAUGCAAACACCAUUCGUGCAUUGGAAAGAUCACAACGAGAAUUAGGACCAUCGGCAACUACUACGAGAAAAUUGUCCACCAAAGCUUCUGCACCUCCAUUGAGAGAGUCCACAUGGGACAGAAUUAAGGAGCUGCAACAAAGCAAGGCAACAUCUCGUUCAGUAUCUCGAGAAUCUAAUCCAGGACCAUCUAUUACUUCUUUACCUAGUCAAGGUAGGCUCCCUAAACCAGAAAAGCAAGCUUUGAAGAACGAGUCAAAUAGACCAACACCAAGGGCGUCAAGCUGGAAUGCUCCUCAAAAGGAACCAGCUCCUCUUGUUGAAAGGGCAAGAAGCAGAACAGAAGUGUUUACUAAAUCCCCCGUGGAUAAAGAGGAAGUAGCGUUGGUUCGACAUUCUGCUUCUGAGCCACCAGCAGAAUCGUCAAGGGUAUUUUCAAAAGAUCAAGAUCCGAUGAUUGAAUUUAUGUCAUCUAAAAGUACGAACGAUUUAAUUGAAGGUGUGAAUUUGUUGAAAUACGCAAUAAUCAGCAAAGAAGAUGUCUCUAAUGCCCACGCAUUGAAAAGUCGUUUAAGAUACAUUUCAGAAAAAGAUCCCAUGGCUUUGAAGCAAUUAUUCUCGUCAAAUGACUAUGUUUUCAAAACUGCAGCAAAGCUAUUUUCACUAGAUGAUUUUGUUCGUGUGUGCUCAAUAAUAUUUACAGAAAUUGAUCAACGAGUCUAUGAACUAAUGACUUCAAAUGUUGGUUUUGACAAAUUUUAUAAUGCUGAGGUGCAAUUGCUAAGUACAGUGAUUGAUUCCCCCAACAUACCAGGGAGCAGUGCCUUCAAGUUCUUGGUUUCAACUUAUCAAUUUAAAAUAGCCAAACUGAUAUUUCAAACGUUUCUGAUUGCUCUUACCAAAACCACUUUUACUGAUGUUCAAUUUGGUGAACUUUUUCAAGAGCUUGUUAGACUGAUUGUGGUUUUGAAAGGUCUGGAGGCAUAUUUUGACUUGAAGCAAUUAUUUUGCCAGCUUUACGCCAUUGACUCGAACAGGUUUACUCAAUUGUUGGAUGAAGUUGAGUUUGCUAUGAAGGAUGAGGUGGAACUUAUUGUGGGCAUUGAUAGCACGGUGCUUCUUGAAAACCCCUUGGAUCACUCAGUCUUUGAAAUGACUGAAGUCAACCCCGGUAGCAUAAAAGACGACUUUGUACCUCAAUCCGCAGAAGAUGGCUUUACUAUGGUUGUUCCGAAGUUGCGAGAUAAUACAGCUGAGAAUAGGAACUUUAAUAGCUCCCUUGGGGAAAUUACGGAAGCUGGCGAGGAUGAUCAUAUGAUGGUUGAUGGGAAGAAUGCGCUGCAUCUGUCCGACAAAGAGAAGUCAUCAACACCAGUCGUGAAUGUAUCUCAUCCAGAGGGUGAGAGUAUUGAAGACGAUUCUAUAUUGAAGGGAAACCGCCCGUUCAAAUUGGUUAAAUCGUCUCCUUCCGAGGCAGUUUCAUAUUCUGAGCCAGAAGUUAAUAAUAAACCGCACGAUGAAUUAAUUGAGGAUAUGGCCCUGAUACACAUUGAAAAUCCUACAACUCAGUCUAAAAAAUCUCUGGAUGCAAUGCAAACCAUGAUUGAUAGAGUGGAUCCGUUGAACUCACGUGCUAAGAAGAAUAAAAAGAUAAAUAUUUACGAAGAUUUUAAACUUCCAACCAGCCGUUCCAGAAAUGAGAAAAAUACGGAGAACGUGAUAUAUUACUCCCAGCUUUUUGGUAAGGGACUCGGUGGUAACUCCUUAGCCAUUGAUCAAUUCAACAGUUGCUGUGAUAUAAUUGCACUGAUUGCAAAUGUGGAGGAAAAAACACCAUCCAUAGAAUCAGUAUCCCAAUCUAUUGCUUCAUUGAGUGCCAUGAAUUUUGAAUUUAGAGAGUAUUUUUUGACGAAUGGAAAGCAUAGGUUGACGAAAUCAUUAUGGGAAUAUUUUGAGCUUGGUUUCCAGUACGGGGCAAGACCGAUGACAAUGUUAGAGGUUAUAAAUGGGUUAUAUCUUCUCAAGCUUUUACUGCGUUAUGAUGAAUUGAUGGAUGCUGAAAAGAUAUUCCAAGUGAUGGGAUACACUUGCAAGUUUAUAAACAAAGUUUGUGAUGAAGUUUAUUUUAUUUGGACUGAAAUCUUAACACUGAUCAUCAAAUAUGGAAGCAAUACAAGCAACGAGCAAUAUCCAUUGAAGACAAGGUUUGAAAGAAUUGUAAUGGAGUAUCUUGAGAAUACAGCAGGCUCUAAUUUGAAUUUCAAUAUGGCUCAUUUAUGUUUGUACUUUUUAUCAGCGACAUCAAUUCAAGAAACUGACUUGAGUGAAGAAAAAUUGUGUCAAAUGGAUAAGCUUUUAGGCAGGUUCCUUAGCAGUGAGGAGGCGGAACUUCGAUAUUCAGCCACUAUUUGCUAUAGUAGCAUAUUGAAGAAUGAUACAUUGAAUCCCGAACAGAAGCAGGUUUUGGAUAGGUUGAAAUCGAGAUAUCCAAUUUCGAAACAAAGGCUUAUUGAAGAGUACAGUAAGUAA